AUGUCGCGCGUCCUGCGCGGCCUGAAACACAUCCGCCAGGAGAGCGAGAAGUACCGCUUCUCGCUCAGGGUCGAGGCCGUCAAAAUCAACCACAGCAAAGCGGAGAAAACCUUCGCCACAGUCGAAUGGAUUCGAGGCCCGAAGCGCUGCCGCGGGCGUGAGGUAGUUGUGUUGUCGCCCGGCGCCAACUCGCUCGAGUUCGCCGCAGGCCACGAGUUCGUCCUGAUUGCGACUUUGUUUCGUAAGAAAGGCGCCGGCGAGCCUGAGAAGGGCGACAAACCCGCGCCUGCCAACGCCUCGCGUCUGCGCAAGUUCGCGCUGCGACGCAACAGCACAGCCGCGGCGAGCACAGGCGAGGAGGAGACAGACGCACGCGCAGGCGACUGUCUCUUUCUGCCGAAGGAGUCGAAGCUGCAGCUCGUCGAAGUCCAGGAGAGCGGCCGGCGGUCAUUCCGCGCACUCACGGGGCGCGCGCGGCUGAACUCGUUCGCGGGCGCGUCGGGCUCCGGGCUCUCGCCAUCGACGCCCGAGGCGGACGCCGCAACCGCGUCGGGCUCGCUGUCGGGUGCGUCGCGACCGUCUCCGCCGCUGAACCUGCGGGCCGCGCCGAUCGCCAGCGCCGUGUUGGCGGAGCGCCGCAUCGACCUGGCGCAGUUUGUGAACGCGCGCGUGGCGAAGGGCAACGAGACGGGCGUGGCGGAGGUCAUUCAGGAGCGCCUGACACUGCCGCUUGAUCGUUGCGGCGACCCUGAGGCGUCCAUCACCUUCGUUCUCUCGUUCACGCACCUCGGCUCUGCCGGCGAGGGAGACGACGACGCCGUGUCUCUGCACUCGGGGCUUGUUUCGCUGGCGAGCGACGAGACCUUCUUUCGGCAGUCCGUCGCGGCGCCCGCCGGCUUCUCCUCGGCAGUCAGCGGGCCUGCUGCGCCCGUCCUCGCGGUGCGUCACCCGCAGGGCGCCUCCUCUUCAGCGCUGCCGCCGACGCGCGAGGCUCUCGAGAGGCCUGCAGCGACUGCCGGAGGUCACAAGAAGCCCGAUGCGCUUGCCGCGCCGAGCGCAGCGGAGCCCAAAAAGACCGAGGACGCGGACGCGCGGUGCGCCGCUGAACCCGCCGUGCGCCCGCUGGGCGCGGCGCCCGUUAAGGAUCUCUUGCAAGCGAGAGAGCGCUGCCUCAAUCUGCAGCGGACGAAUGAGGCAGGCGUAAGCGCCAGCGCGAAAGCCUCAGGAGGCAGAAGGUAUAGUUGCAGACACGCAGAGGUUGGGCUACUUGCUGGUCUCUCUCUCCGUCGCGAGCUCGACCGCGAUUGGAUCGCUGCGUGGUGCGUGUGUCUUUCUCUUUUUCAGCCGACUCCGUCGCCCUCCUCGGAGGCCUCCACGAGCGGCAGCACGCCGCCGCUCGCGGACUUCGUCGCGCCUUCGCCGCUGCCGGUCAGCCACGGCACACGCGGCGGGACGAAGGAGACUUCGCUAGCCACGCUGAGGCACAGCGGGGGACUGGGCGCGACCACCGCGGUCGCGGAGGCGGAGACCGGCAAGGUGCUUCAGCUGCUCAAGCGCGUCGCGGAACUUGAGCGGAAGAACGAAGAAAAACAGCGCUUGCUGAUGAAGGCGCAGCAGGCCCUCGACGCGAAGGAGAGUGCAGAGAGAGACGACUACGAAAACAAGAUUAGGAACCUCUUCUCGCAAAUCGAAGACCUCCACACCUCGCUGGCGAAUGCGCAAGAAGAGCAACUCAGCAUGGCGCAGCAGCUGGAGGAGGAGCGCGCGCGGCGGAAGGCGGGGGAGGGCGACGGUGCGCCGGGCGCAGGGAGAGACGAGAGCGUCUCUUCAGCCUCCUACUCGAAGCUGCGGGACGAGCUGAGCGCCCUUCGAGCGAAAAUGCAACAGGCAGACCGCGCGCACAAAGACAUCCAGGCGCAGCACCUUCUCCAGCAGAAGCAGCAACAUGAGAGAAUCGAAGAACUCCAGGUCUCCCUCCAUCGGCAGCAGGACGAGGCGCACGCAGAGCGCGCAUCGCUGCAGGCGCUCCUUCGGCAGCACCAGACGGCGGAGGAGAUGAAGGAGGCUGAGCUGCAGCGGCAAGCAAAGGCGCUGCAGACUCUCGAGGCCGAGUCAGCGGCGCUGUGCCGGCAGUGCGAGGCGGCUCAGCAGAGCCUGGCGCAGAUUUCCGCGCGCUUGGGGGAGGAAAAAGACGCGCGCGAGAAGGCCGAGCGGGAGUUGACUGGCCUGCGAAACAAACUCGGCGAAGAACACCACGACGAUCCCCUCAUGCAACAGCUCCUCACGCUCCAACAAGAGGUCUCGGAACUCACUGCGACUCGCGACGAGCUGCGCCGUCGCAAGGAGCGCGACGAGCGUGCGCAUUUGCAGCACAUCCAUCAGCUCCAGGAACAGCUGCGCCAGGUGCGCGAGCAGCAGCAGGAGCGAAUUCACAUCCUGGAGCAAGAGAAAGUGACGCUCAGAAUGCAAGUUUUGGCGCUUGAGCACGAGAUCAGUCUGCUGCCGUCGGGCGAAUCUGGGUCUUCCUCCGAAGGCGACUCCGCUUUCCUCGCUCCCUCCUCGCCGUCCGCGGCGGCCUUCGGCGUGGCGGGGGGCGGCGGCGCAGGGCAGGACGCGGAGGCGGCGCGGGGGCGGCGCGCGGCGGAGAAGCGAGCCGCUUCGCUGAUCGAGGAACUCGAAACGGACCUGGUGAAGACGAAAAUUGAACUCGCCCUCGCCGAGCAGCGCCGCGCGGAAGACCUGGACAUCUGCAAACACAAAAUCGCUUCGCUGAAAGACACGAUUCUCAACUACGCCGCCGUUGUCUCCGACCUCGAGGUUCAAGUCGCGGAUUUGAAGCUGCAGACGAAGCACCGCGACUUUUUCUUUGCCUCGGGCUCGUCCGUCGGCGCGCGGCGCCUUAAGCCCAUCCGCUCGCUCAGGUCUCUUUUCCGCGCCUCGCGCGCCCAGGGCAGCCGCAGCUCGCCAGAGUGCGAGGCGGCGCAGCCAGGCCCCUGCCUGUCGCUGACCUCUGGCGCGUCCUCCCCGCCGCGCGGAGAGCCCGACGAGGGGGGCGGCGGCGAGCGGCGGCCUGAGAACGAAGGAGAGAAUCGAAAUGCGCCGCCCCUGGUGUGCGCCGCCGCCGCAGUUCGCUCGACCGCGCAGCUCGUGCUGUUUGACGCGAAUCGUGAAGAGGAGGCUUGCCCUGCAAACCUCGAAACCCGCGAGGGGCGAGUUGCUAGAAGGAGCGCCGAGACGCCGCGCGCCGCCGCCCUUAACGCCAGCCCCCGCGCACCGCCGCCACCGCAGCCUCCGUCGCGCUCUUCGUCGUUUCGCUUUCGGCUGCGCUCUGGGAGCUUCGUGAAGGACGAAAGGCCCGACAGAGACGGCCGGAGACGGCGAGAGAGCGCGAGUGGGCGCGAUGACGCGCGCGCAAGCGACGCAAGAAAACUGAGACAAAGCUUCAGCGUCUCCGGCGCCGAAAGAAACUGGUCGCCGCCGCCGCGGCCAGAAGGCGGCGCCUGGCGGGCGAAUUCUCGCGAAUCGCCGGAUGUCUCCGCACUGAAUUAA